GCGUGUUUCAAUCGUUGGUUUUGCAGGUCGCACUGCCAAUUUAGACGUGAAGGAAGUGGCUCGUCAGAACCGGAUAACCGAGCAAAUCCUGCAGAGUUUCCUUGAAAAAAGACUGUUGAAAAACCAACGAACGAAACCGCCGAGCGUCUGGGAGAUUCUACCGAAAGCCAACAACAAACAAGAUUCAAUGAAACCGAUUCAAACAACCACAACGACGACGACUACAGAAAAUUCGGACAUCCUUAUUCAAAACGAUACCGGUUCGAACACGUUUCCAUCAGAUACGCCACCGGAAACCCUACAAUUUGUUGAAUCAGAACAAAUUUCGUCGGUUUAUGAUCAAGAUAAUUACUUAGACAGCGUUUUCUAUGAAGCUGAUUGCCCGAAUUGUGUAGACGAAAACUCACAAAAUCCAACGAAUAGAUGGACGAUGCCUUUGUUGAAACUGGGGGAGAAAAAGUAUUAUUUAGGAAUUUUUUUCAAGGCGAAUUAUUUUAGGGCAACUCAAUAUUGCCGGUUUCACGGAAUGCAUUUAGCUAGUAUAACGUCUCAAGAAGAAAACGAUAAGUUGGAGAAAUAUAUUAAAGAUUUCGGAUAUGGAAACGAGCAUUUUUGGACGUCGGGUACCGAUUUGGCCAACGAAGGUUCAUUUUUUUGGAUGUCAACCGGAAGACCGAUCACCUUCACGAAUUGGAACGCGGGCGAACCGAACAAUUUCGUUUACGAAAACGGCGAAGAAGAGAACUGUUUGGAGUUGUGGAAUCGCGACGGAAAAGGAUUGAAAUGGAACGACUCUCCGUGUUCGUUCGAAACGUACUUCAUAUGCGAAGUUCAGCCAUAGAUAGCGCUUAAUAAUUUAAUUAAAACGUGUGUUUUCAUGCCAUGUGUGAUAGUCCUCUUUUCUUUAUUCACGUAUUUUUAAGUAUUUGUUACGAAAACGAUUCAACGCGAUUUUAUAGAACCAAAUAAAGCGAUUCAGAAGUUCAAACUUAGUGUGUUAAGGUUAAAUGACUAAGUUGAAUUCAAAUUCUCUUUAAGAAAAUUUAAGUUGAAACGAAACGUGUGUGAAUGCGUGUAUAUAACUGUGUAAAUAGUUGUGUUUAUUUAAUUAAUCUCUUAAUAUUUUAUUAAGGGGUUAAGAUUAUAGUAAAACCUCGAUAUAACGGAUUAAUACGGAGAAAGGAGUGUACGUUAUAACAUAUAUACUGUUUGAAUGAAUAAUUUUAAUACACAUUAAUUCAAACAGCUAUCUACACCGUUGCGUUCUUUAUUAGUUAGUUCUACUUUUAGUUUAA